AUGAUUGGCUUUGAGCCGCCUCUGAAUUCCGCGCGAGGAAGAAUGAUGGAAUUCAGAAGUCAGUCAUCGUGUCAACAUGUGGUUUCCACACGCAACGUUGACAGUUCGUGUUCAACAGAAACCGUUAACGCAGAAGAAGUCUAUCCGCUCUAUUCCGCUGACCUGACAAACCGAGUGGCUUAUCACUUUGGUUCAAAAUUUUUAUCAGUAACUGUAAUUACUCGUCUGCGAUUACCCUGGUUUUCGAGUGGAGUUAUUGCUAAUGCUUUCCACAUGAGUUUGUUUAUGAAAAUGUUGUCGAUGAUAGGAUUGGGAAAUGGAAACCAUUUGGUGAAAGAUGAAUGGGCAAAUGGAACAUGA